GCUGCGAUCACAGCAAUGUCUUCUUCAGCUGUCCGAUUCGGAGACCCCGGCAGCAAUUCAAUGGCAGACAUGGAGGUCCCAGAGGCCUGUCGCUUCUCACCGCCCCAGGCUUUCUACGACGGUGGCUGCUCAUCCUCACCAGAAGGCCCAGACUUCCCAGAAGGCUUCGGCCUCGGGGAGCUGCCGGGCUCGGACGAGGAGGAGCACGUGCGGGCACCUCACGGCCACCACCAGGCCGGCCACUGCCUGGCGUGGGCCUGCAAGGCGUGCAAGCGCAAGUCUAGUACGGUGGACCGCAGGAAGGCCGCCACCAUGCGCGAGAGGCGGCGGUUGAAGAAGGUCAACCAUGCCUUUGAGACUCUGCGCCGCUGCACCUCCACCAACCCCAACCAAAGGUUGCCCAAGGUGGAGAUCUUACGUAACGCUAUCCAGUACAUCGAGAGCCUGCAGGAGCUGCUCCGUGAGCAGGUGGAAUGCUUCUACAGCCUGCCAGAGGAGAGCGGCUCCGAACCAGGCAGCCCCACAUCCAGCUGCUCGGAUGGCUUGGUUGCCUGUAACAGCCCUGUUUGGUCUCACGUUAAUAAAAGCUAUGGGAAUAUGUACAACCACCAAAUAUUCACAGUGAGCGCCAAGGAGCGGAGUCCGGGAGCAUCCAGCCUGCAGUGCCUGUCCAGCAUCGUAGACCGCCUGUCAUCGGUGGACGCCAGCGGCUUAGUGGUCGCUAACAACAUGGCCAGCUUCUCGCCGUCCAGCUCUGACUCCCAGCCUAGCUCUCCUGAAGCUGCCUGCGCCAGUCCCAUCUACCACGUGCUGUAAAGUACUCCCCCCCCCAGCUCCGCAAAGCAUAUUUAUAAUAUAUUUACUUUUUUAUUUUUUUUCUUGGGGAUGGGGGAUGAAAUUUGCUCUUUUCUAAAUCUGGGUAUGUGAAAUUAUAAUGGCACAAGGACUUGUACAUAAGCAUUGUAAAUGCCACAUUUAUUAUGUUCUUUUUAUACUUCGUAAUGCAACAUAUUUAAUUGAACGUCUGAAAUGAAAUAAAAUAUAAAUAAACUGUAUUUAGGUAAA